GCCUACGUAGGUAGAAAGACUGUGUUUGGUAUUCAGCUGAACCAUAUGGCGCAUGAUGGGACGCGUGUUUGUGAAACUUAAUGUUUAUUGCGCAUUUUCUUGAUUUUUUUAUGUUAGGAAUUAAACUCGGAUGUUUUUCUUGAGCAGUCAUGGUGGUUUGUGUGGUCUGCAGUGAGCAAGUUCCCAAAUACAGAUGUCCUGUGUGCAGAAUAAGAUACUGUUCUGUAGGGUGCUUUAAGAAACACAAAAACGAUGACUUGUGCCAGCCAGUGAAAGAAGCCACACGUCCUGCACCGUGUCCAGAUUCCUGUCAGAGCCGGGCAGGAGAGCCCUGGGCUAAUGAUGACCUCCUGGAUGAGGACAGUCAGUCUGACAAAGUUCCUCUGCACAAACUUCAGCUAUUAGGUGAAUCUAAGGAACUGAUGACUCUGCUGCAGAAUCCACACCUGAGGAAGUUGAUGCUGAGUGUCGAUUCAGCCGCAGACAAAUCCAAAGCGAUGAAGAAAGCCAUGCAGGAGCCGCUGUUUGUAGAGCUCGCCAACCAGUGCUUACAGAUCAUCGAACCGACAAAAGUACAAGCUCAUGAUGAGGAUGAUGAUGACGACGAUGAUUAGAAAAUUGAGCAAGAACAUCCUCUCAGGCUUGCGCUUGAGGAAGAACAAGACGGACACGUGUUCGUGUGUACAGACGGCUUCCACUCUUUAGGAUCGUCCUGUCCUCAAAUAUGGAACAUUUUAGUCUUUGUCGGAUUACAGAAGUUAAAGACUCAAGACUCACUUACAAAUACUGUUUAUUAGUAGUGUUAUUCUAAUAGUUUUUGGUCCACUGUUUGUUUCCUUCUCCCAAUGAUUUGUAUUGUAAGCGAAUAAAAUGUGAUCAAUUUUAUUUUGAAAACA